GAGAAGAGCUGAGCGCAGCGGAGGGGAGCGGAGCUGUGGGGCGGCGGGGCUGGGGCUCCCGCAGUGUCAGCGGCAGGGGCAGUGACAGGGGCAGGGCCAGGGUCACGAUUAGGGCCAGGGGCAUUGUCGGUGCCGCAGAGUCCCAGCGGCAGUCCGUGCGGCCGCGGGGCGCCUGGAGGGCAGCGCAUCCCCGGUGCCCAAGGGGCGGGGACCGCGGUGGGCAGGGAUGCGGCGGCGCCGCCGGGGUCACUGAGCACCCGGGACCCUCUGUCUGCGCCGGGCCGGCCGUGGCUGCAGCCCAGGAGCCAGGAGCAGAGGGGGGAGUGGAGCCAGCAUGUGGAAAGGCCAGCCCCAGGCAGAAGAAGGGGGGCCACCAUCUCCUGUGACCAGCUCAUGGAAAAGCUCGUCCCCCUGCAGAGGAAGGAAGGACUCCCAGCUGCUGGAGCCUCCCUGUGGGGAGGGUGGCCGAGGAGAGGAGGGCCACCCGGCCAAUCCCCUGGACGUCUCCCGGCUGCGCAGCUCCUCCGUGGAGAUUCGGGAGAAGGGCUCGGAGUUCCUGAAGGAAGAACUACGAAAAGCUCAGAAGGAGCUGAAGCUGAAGGAUGAAGAGUGUGAGAGAUUGUCUAAGGUCCGGGAACAGCUGGAACAGGAACUGGAGGAGCUGACGGCCAGCCUGUUUGAGGAAGCACACAAGAUGGUGAGAGAAGCCAACACAAAGCAGGCGGCAUCAGAGAAGCAGCUGAUGGAGGCCCGAGGGAAGAUCGACAUGCUGCAAGCAGAGGUGACAGCCCUGAAGGCCCUGGUGAUCACUUCCACCCCAUCUUCGCCCAAUCGGGAAUUACACCCCCAGCUCCUGAGCCCGUCCAAGGCCGUCUUCCGGAAGGGACAUGCUCGAAACAAGAGUACCAGCAGCACCCUGUGCCCUGCUGUCUGCCCUGCCACCAGCCACAGCAUCUCCUUUGAGCCCAUCGGCCACGAGUGCAAAGAGGUGGACACCAUCCUGUUUGCUGAAUUCCAAGCCUGGAAAGAGGCCCCCACCCUGGACAAAAGCUGCCCCUUCCUGGAGAGGAUUUACCGGGAGGACGUUGGCCCUUGCUUGAACUUCACCAAACAAGAGCUUUCCGAGCUGGUUCGAGCGGCUGUGGAGGAAAACACCCUGACUGUCGAGCCCGUGGCCUCACAGGCACUCCCUGUGGUGAAGGUGUCUGCAAUCGAGUGUGGUGGGCCCAAGAAGUGCGCUCUCAGUGGCUUGUCUCGGACCUGCCGACACCGCAUCAGGCUGGGAGAUUCUGAGAAUUACUACUACAUCUCUCCAUCCUGCAGGGCCAGGAUCACGGCGGUCUGUAACUUCUUCACCUACAUUCGCUACAUCCAGCAGGGCCUGGUGCGGCAGGACGUGGAAUUGAUCUUCUGGGAGAUCAUGAGGCUCCGGAAGGAGAUGUCCCUGGCCAAGCUGGGCUUCUACCCAAAUGAGGUUUAGCGGUGAAGCUGAAGUCACAGCUCCAGGGAGACAGACAAAUGGACACGCAGUUGUGGGAGAGGGCCGCUGGGCUGGGGGCUGCUCUGAGUGAGGUAGAAGGACAUGAUGGGUGGGUCUCCAUCCUCUGAAGGUUUUACCUCGGGGGACUGCCACCAGCAAGGGGACCCUGGAGAAAACCCUGCAGGGAGGAGGGGAUGCAGAGAGGAGCGGAUCCCUUCAGGCUGGAUCUCGGGCUCCAAGGCCCAGGCUCCAAGAGGAGCCAGCUAGAGGCCGUCUGCUGCUUCCACCAACUGAUGCAGUGAAUUUUCCAAAAGAAGAAAAAAAAUAUCUGAUCAACAAGAACGAAGCCUGCAGGCUUUCGUGGCCCGUGGGGAGAUGCUGGGUGGGGGGCAUGCUCUCUCGUCUUCCAAAGAGGGGAAGUGUCCAGCCCCCUGGCCCCCCACCACCAGCCUUCCCCCACCAAAAGAAAAAGUCACAGAGGGUGUCUUGUGUGUGAGCUCAGGAGAAGCCCUGCCCUCCCCCUCCCCCACUCCAAAGCAUGACAUCAAGGCCCCUGUCAUUUGUCCAUCGCCCCCUCCCCCACAACCCUGCCCACAGCAUAGCAACUUUGGGCAAUGACCAGGACAAGUAUCGUCCUUGUCUACUGGCCAGUGGGAAGCAGUGCCCUCUUGUGGCAUGUUCCUGUUCUUUCAGCCAGGGAACCCAUUGCUAAGUCUUGCUGGCUUCCUGGCCUUGUUAACCCCAAAACUUUUAUUUGUCCCUUGGGGAAGUUUCUCCAAACAUUUCACCAGCGGUUGGGGAGCUCAGCCUGGGAGGGAAGAAGGAUUGUGGUCUUUCCCCAGGUUCACGUUUGGCACUCACACCCUUUCCCUUGACCCAAUCCCCUUGGCUGCCCCCAGGAUCCCUUGGGUCAGGGCCGGCCUUGAACUGCUCCCCAGGCUCAGGCCUGGGCAAGGGACAUGUGGAAAUCUGGGGCAGAAGACAACCAGUCCCUGAUGUGAGUGGUGUUUGGAAUGCCACCUCCUUUCCCCACCAGUGAUGGGGGGGAUCUCUAAGACGAGGGUGGUCUUGUGUCCCCUUACCCCAUUAGUGGACCUCGUGACCUCUCUAUCCCACCUUCGUAGGGCUUUAGGGGCAGCCCAGAUCUCAGCCAGAAAGACUUGCCAGUCAAGAGUUAAUAAGCACACCCCCCAUCCCCCCCAAGAAAGCUGCUUCUCUUUCCUGGCUGUCAGGGGACAUGUCCUAAGUUGGAAUGCCAUCCCGGUCUCUGCUGCUUUCUGAAUGACAAUCAUUCCAAGCUGGGAAUUACAGAUAAACCACUGGGCAGGCUUGUCGGACAAAGAACAGCCAAGCCGAGCUAAGUGUGUGCAAGCCUUGGGAUGGGGGUCAGGGCAACAGAAGGGGACCUUUCCCAGAACCUGGCUCCAAUCUUUCACCUUUAAAUAGGACACUUACUUCCCCUGAGGAAUUUAAAGGGGCUCGGCUCCCAUCAGGGACUGAGCUGAAAAGCUUGGGGGACAGUCUAGGGAGAGGUUUGCUGUGGGGGCUGGAAGAGGUUGGCUAGUGGCCUCCCAACAGGCACCCCCAGGGUCAGGACCACUUGCCAAAUUGUUGGACAGGACCUCCUCUAAAAGGCCUCUCCAGGGACCUUUCCUCCAACCGGGCCCACACCCAUGGGAUUGGCCUCUGAGCCUCAAACCCUGCCCUUCCCCCACUCUCCAGCCAGAAGGCAGGGUGGCCACCUGUUCCCGACGAUGAAAUUGUUUCCUGUAUACUCUCCCAGGGUCAGUAUCAUCUCCAUUCCUGUAAUUACCCCCCACCCCCCACACCCGGCUAGAGGCGGUUGGGCACAUAUAGCUUGAGCUCAGAGGCUUCCCACCUGUCUCAGUCUGUUCAGGAGGCCCUGCCAACCCAGGAGGAGGCAGGGUGGGGGGAGGGAGGCCUGUUUCCUACCUCUGGAGUGCCUUUCCCCAGGACCCAGAGGCCAAGAGCUCUUUUCCCAAGCAUAAUGGGUGCUUCCUCAGAUAUGGAAGGGGUAGGGAUAUAGCCUGCCCCAUGUCUCUGGCACCAGCCAGUGGGUAGGAGAGACUACCCACCUCUUUAGGGGAUGGGUAGGCAGCAUUAGGGUGGGGGGAGUCUUGUUGUGAGUUCCUGGAGGGAGGGAGUGGCUAUAGUCUAGUGAUCCUUUGAAGGACCUUCCGCCCAAGGGACCUCCCUCUCCCUACCUGGCCCUGGUGAUCUGGGGCUGUUCUGGACACAGACCUCUUGCUGACUCACUUCUAGUUUCCUUUUUUAAAAUGAAAUGUAACAAAAUCUCUAUUUAAUAAAGGAAGGAUUUAUUGGUAAA